GCCGCCUAGCCGCUAUCGCUAAAAAUGUCUACACUGGGACGCCAUUGCUGGGUCAUGUCACGUGCGCGAAUAUGAUAAGUGGGUACAUGUCAUCAAAUCGCCGCGAGUCGUUGAAUGACUGCUGUCUGUCGUAAAUAUCAGAUGCAGGAUGUGGCAUGUUGGCUGCAUUGAACCUGGAUCAAGAGAGAUUCCAAUGCCUUGUUGCUGGCUGAUGACAAGUUUUUUUUUUAAAGAGCAGCUUUUCGUUUGAGCCUAAACCGAGUUACUCAUGCGAUCAUGUUUACAAGAAAAGUAGAUUUGGCUUAUGGCAGCAUUGCAUUGUUCACCACCAUCGUCCACAAUGUUUUCCUGCUCUACCAUGUUGAGACAUUCUUAUCCAUAUAUAAAAUUGAUAAAUUCUCCUUCUGGGUUGGAGAAAUCAUUUUUCUUCUGUGGAAUUCGAUCAACGACCCUUUAUUGGGCUGGCUAAGCGAUGGAGCGUAUCUUGGCAAGGGCAGUGAGACAUGUUUCCGUGACAUCGUGCUGUACAGGAUUCGUGCACUGAGGUUUAACGGCCCCCUCUUGUCAGUAUCGUUUCUCCUGAUCUGGUUCGCAUGGACAUAUCCAGGAUUGCAAUUUGUGGUGUGCCUGUGCCUGUACGAUGGCUUUCUGACUGUGAUGGAUCUGCAGCAUUCUGCUCUUCUCGCUGACCUUGCUCUAUCUCUGUCGGCAAGAGCACGGCUGAACUUCUACAGCUCGGCAUGUAGCGCUAUCGGGGCUACCUCCGUCUUUCUCUCAUACGCCUUCUGGAACAGAGAGAGGUUCAUGUCCUUUCAGGUGUAUUGCACCAUGCUCACGUUGUUUUCUAUAGUCGGUUAUCUUGUUAGCACGACAGUUCUAAUGCGUCAUUACCGGUCGCAGCAGCUGCAUCUUGGUAGAGACCAGCAUAAAUCACAGGUAGUAAACAGUGAGGAUUGUGAUAGAAAAAGCAGCGCCCGGUUUCAUCAAUUGAAAACCUAUGCGCGGCAGGUAGCAUCACAUAAGAACUUUUUAGUGUUUGCUGUGAUGAACCUCAUUCAGGUAUUUCACUGCCACUUCAACAGCAACUUCUUUCCGUUGUUCUUGGAGAUUUUGCUAGGAAAUGCCGUGUCUCCGCUCACAGCUUCUUUAUUGCUAGGCCUGUCCUUCGUGGCGCCACAUAUCAACAACCUUUACUUCUUGUCAUUAUGUAAAGUGUAUGGUGCAUACAGAGUGGUUCAUUUUCUCUUCCUGGUGAAGCUGAUGCUAAGUCUGGUAAUCUACCUAGUUGGAAGAAGUCAUAUUUGGCUGCUAUGCCUAUUUAUAGCAAGCAAUCGCAUCUUCACGGAGGGAACAUGCAAUUUGCUCAACUUGGUCAUCACGGACCUAGUCGAUGAAGAUAUGGUGAUACACAAGCGCCAGCAACCUGUUUCUGCCCUGGUGUUUGGUACCUCAGCACUACUAUCCAAGCCAGGGCAGACACUCGCUCCACUCAUUGGGACGUGGCUGCUUGUCUUGCAGACAGGCCACGAUGUGUUUCGUUCAGCGAGCGAAACUCCGUUUGUCACGAAAGACCUGCAAUCUAUGGAUGCCGCGUCACGCAGCCAGUACCAGGACGGAUGCUUCACACUUCUAGUCUAUGUUCCGAUGGGAUGCGCCGUACUACAACUGCUUUUCUGGUCGAGGUUCACUCUGCACGGGCAUCGCCUGAGCCUUGUCAAAUACCUGAGAUCUGACGGGUUUCAUGGAAGCGAUGUGUGAUGAUGUUCCCCUCACGCUGCGGGGAAUUAACCGAAUUAACGUCAAUGCAUUUUGCGUGACGUUUCGGAUACCUUUGUUUUUUUAGAUACAUUAUUUUCUUGUUAUGUAAUUUCAGUGUGUAAACUGUAAGGAUGGACCAUACAUGAUUCAGUAUUAUCUCUGGGCAAACUCUGCGGUUAUGGAAUAUAUACAUAUUAAUAUGGGAAAAAUUGUAAGAAUUGUUUGAUUGAAUGGAAUAUGAGUA